AAAAAAAAAAAAAUCCCUUACGCCGUUGCCAUUGUCUCCACACUGCAAAGUUUCAACACUUUGUCUCCACAAGUUGCUGUUUUGUGACCUCAAUUGUGGCUGAGCCAUAGCUGGACUUGACAAGCAUGCCCAAUGGUAGUAUCUCUCUCUGUUGGUCUGUUUUGGCCCUUUUGGGUUUCCCGUUUCUGUGGUUAGUUUAGGAUUUUAUGUUUAUUUGUUUAUUGACUACUUUAUUGAUAUUUGUGAUAUAUUGAUAUAUUUUAUUAUGUUUAUUAUAUUUACAAGUGGUUAGUAGCUAUCAUCAUUUAUAAUUUACAAUUUGUAUUUUAUUUUUUAAAUUUCAUAAUGGUGGCGCCGGCUUGUUAUGGUUUAUUUGAUAAAAUUGUUUGAGUAUUUGUAUAUAUAUAAUUAUAUUUGAACAAGUAGCAGUCUAAUUAUUUUAUAGAUACGAAUUUACACCUUAGUUGCUUGGUUUUGUCUGACUGCACAUAAUGAAAGUACUAAAAAAACACUUUAGAAUCAAUUAUAAAUUGUCAGAAAGUCUUAUAGUUCAGUAAAUAUUUGUUGGUGUUUUCAAUACAGUCUAAAGCUCAAAUCUUUCGUCCCCAACUAUUGAAUUGCCAAAUUAUAAAGAAUUAAUUAUUAAUUAUUUUGGUAUAGCACCCAAAAACAUAAGCCAAAACUUUAGAGUUAAUUUAAUUUCUGAAAUAAAACUUUUUUUUAGUUAUGAAACUUUUUUCAUACUUAGCUUGGCCCUCCCCAGGAAAAAUUUAUGGCUCAGCCAUUGCCUAGUUGACUACAUCCCAACAAGACUUAGGAUUAUUGAAGGGGUAGCAGAUCAUCACUUAGAUGAUCUCUGCUUUCCAAUUAGACUAUGCAACAAAAACACACUAGGAGCCCCUAUUGUAGUCCCAUUGCAACAAUCUGUCCCAGGUAGACAAACUAUUGUUGAACACAAGCCAGCCAAUAACCGCAUGCUUGCACACAACUAAAGGAAACUAGACUAUUUCCCAAUAUGGAGUUUCUUGCUUCUUCAAUCUAACUGCAUUCCAGUCUUCAGUAGAAUCAAAUUUUCUUGAUUAGGAUGGCAACCACAGAAGCCGAAGAACUUUACCACCAACUUCAACCAAGCUUAUCAGGCCUUGAUGUACAUUUUCAGAUUUUAAUUUAAAAAAAAAUAAUAAAAAAAUAAAAAAAUAAAAACUGUGAAAUAGACUCUUUCUAUUUCAAAUGAAACCAAGAGAAUCUUGUGAUGAUGUGGGUGUGUUUUUAGUAAGUGAUGUUCAUAACAGAAUGGAAUGGAGUCCAUAAGGAAAGUGGUAUUAUGUACUCAACCAGGGACAAACAAGGACGUGUGAGUAAAAUUGGUACAAGAGCACAUUUCUAGGAGGAGAGAAAUUUGAGUAAAGCUUCAAAGCUAUCACUGAAUCAAAAAUGGGAUAAACAAAUAUUUAAUAUUGAUUUAAGCUAAAAAUGGGAUUGAGAUAAAAUAGAUAAUUUUUAAGCAGCUGGGGUUUUUUUUCAACAGGUUUUCUUAAUGUAUGGGGUUAAUUUUACAUUUCAGAGAACUCAAAUGGCCUAUUCAUAAACCCACAAAAAUUCCUAACCUUUAUCUAAAACUUGGUCUGGAGUUUGAAAUUGCUAUUAAAUAUUUGUCUUUUUAACUAAUUUGUCAAGUUUUUGGAAAUUGCAGUUUGUGUUCUACUUUAGCUUAUUAUCCAUUUUUCAUCGCAUUAUGGCCUUUGUUAUUGCAAGGGAUUGUUCUAAUUGCUCUGUUAUAAUUUCCAACUACUGAGUGGGUCAAGGGGAAGCAAUUGGAAGAAGCUAUAACCAUUAAGAACACUUGCAGAAAUGGCCAAAAAGGGCAAAGACACUCAUAAUAAAAUAAUGAAAUAUGAGAUGGAAAGAGCACAAAGAAUCAAGCAAAAUCAAGAGAAAAUAAAUGCUUUGGGAUUGAAGCAUCUGUCAACUUUUUUGCCUAAAUAUGCAAAUGUGGGAAGAAAGAGAGUAAGUGCUCAGGUAGAUGACGACGAUUGUGUACCAACUAUUGGUGAUGAUGAGUUAUCUAGUUCUUUACAUAAUGAGAUGGCACCAAGAUGUAGCACUCAUUCACGCCGUGAGGAAUUUACCCCAACAGUCCAGCAUAAGGGCCCAUUAUUGAGACUACUUUGCAAUGGAGAUUCUGAGAUGGCUCAUUAUAGGCGUGAGGAAUCUACCCCAGCAGUCUAGCAUAUCGGCCCAUCAUCGAGCACACAUCUUGGUAGAGAUUCUCUUGUCGAAAUUUCUACUAAUGUAGAGGCACAGCUUGUGGGCACACCGUCUACCACAGAUACAUCGACUAGUAGACGUGCCCGUGGCAUGACUCGUGGAUUAAGGGUACGAGGACUUGUUGAGAAACAUAGGAAGCUACCGGUCCUCAUUGCCCCAGAGUUUUGUGCUCCUGUUGGUGAACAUGCAGGGAAAUUUGCUAGCCAAAUUGGUGUACAAGUGCGUACGAACUUGUCCACUAUGAAUGCUUAUAGUUGGAAGAAUAUUGAUAGCGGUGAAAAAGAGGCGAUCAUUCAAAAUGUGGCGGAUCAAUUUGAUAUACAAGGAGAAUCUGUACUUGUCAACAAAUCUCUAAAUACAAAGUGUGGUAAAUUAUUGAGCAGCCACUACUACAAGUUGUUUACAAAAUAUAAAAAACUUGUAAAGGAUGAAGGAAGCACAUAUGCAAGAAACCACCCACCAAAAAAUGUCACACGAGAAAAAUGGAUUGAACUAAUUGAUGGAAAGUGGAGUGAUGAAGAUUGGCCGGCAAUUAAUACUUCGAAAAUUUUAAUUACAAGUGAAAAAGUCUCAACAAGAAAUGCUAGAAACAGAAAUAAAGAGGGAAUGCUUGACAAACACAUUCAUAGAUGUGGAAACAAGUCACUUGCAAUUAGAGUGGAUGAGGCAAGACGGAAAAAUGGAGGUCAUAUUCCUAAGCUGGCACAAGUCUACUAUGAUACUCACUUCAAUUUAAAGACAAAACAGUGGGUACACCAUGAUUGCGAACAUACAUAUCAAGAGAUGUUGAGAGUACAAGAUGAGCAUUGUAGCACUCUUGAAGCACAACCUUUGACCGAAGAGGAGAUAUCUAUGAUGGUUCUUAAGUCGAGAUCUGGCUAUGUAAAGGGACUUGGCAUGAGGCCUUCCUCGUCUCUUAGGACUCUUGCCUCAUCUUCCUCAACUCCGUAUACUCAACAACUCGAAGGUCGAGUAGAAGAGUUCCAGGAUGCAAACUACAAGCUGGAGGGCCGAGUAGAAGAGCUCCAAGAUGCAAACUUCAGGCCAGAGGAGAAGAUGGAUUGCAUCAUACAAUAUUUGAGGAGCAAGGGCGACAAUGACAUUUGUGGUAGUGGGGGGAGCUCAUCUACUAACUAGAACACACCUUGAUAUGGGAUUGGUGACAGAAAGAUAGCUUUUGUGGGACUACUUGAACUCAAAUAAUUUUUUGUAAAAUUUGGAAGUUAAGACAUCAUUUGUAUAUAAAUGGUUGUAACUUUGUGAACAUCUUUAUUACGUUUUUAGAUUGUAUGGAUGUAUUUUUUAUGGAUUUGGUUAGAAAUGAAUGGAUUUUUAUUUAUUUUUUU